UAGGUGUUUAAAGAUUAGCACCAUUAAUGUAUCCUUUGACAGAGGAAAGCUAUUAAUUUCAGUAUCAAUGUAAAUUAUAAUGAAUUGUAAUGACGAGUUACAAUCUUAUCAAUGAAGAUAGUGUGGUUGCGCGUACGCGUGUACGACCCACCAAUCACUAACCCCAACUGUUUAUAAGAGCAUAAGAAUGUACACACCAGUAGUAUGGGUGUGUUGAAUGAAUCACAAAUGAGACAGCAAAAUAAUUUAAUCACUUGCAUGUUAAUAGUGAACACUAAUAUAAAAUGAACUAGCAAAGAACAGAAAAUGUGUUGUUUUAAAUAAAAAAGCGGUUCAAUGAAGUAAAAGAAGUGAUGGUAAAGUAAAUCCCUGAAAUUAUUUGGAUCAAAACAAUAGUUCCAAGAUGGAGCUAAGCAAUGAUCUAUGUAAUUUUGAAUGGGCGACGUCCUCCCAUUUGCCUGAAAUUUUAUCAUUUUUAUAUGAAAAUUUUGAUAAAGAAGAAACUAUGCUGACAAGCCUGAGGGAUAAUAAUACUCUAACAGCUGAAGAUGAAAAAUCAAUGAGGAUGGAUCAUGAAAGAUUGAUCCGAGCGAUCUUCGCUUUUUCCCCUUGUUUGAUAGCCGUAGAAAAAUCAUUAAAAAAGAUCAUUGGCGUGAACCUGAUGAUUGUCAGCAGGAAUUCCAAGUUCGACGACAAAGCUGAUGGAGUAUCCGCUGCGUUCGCCAACAAUCCUCCUACAACAAAAUUAAUGAAACAGUAUUUCAAUUAUCUGUCGGUAAUCAGCGAGAAGGCUGAUCUGUUCGACAAGUUUCCUAACGCUAGAGUAGCUGUAGAGUUCUACGCGGUUGCCAUUGAUAAGAAUUACCGUAGACGAGGCCUCUCAAAAGCGCUGAUGGCAGCUGGAAUAUCGUUUGCAAAAGACACCGUCCAGGAUGCUGGAUUCAUAUUCGGAGUGUACACCUCCCUGUACUCGAAAAAAGCAGCUGAGACCCUUGGUUUGAAAAGCGUCAUGGACGUUGAUCUUCUAACUUAUAAGGAUGCUGAUGGUCAGCCUAUUUUCCAGGAUACUCCUCCACAUAAUAUUGUUUCUAUCAUGGUGUUACAGCUUGCAUAAAACCUUUCAAAUAAAAUUGUAAUUAAAAUUCUAAUUAAA